GGAUAACUUUUUGCAUGCCUUCGCAAUUUUUCGGAUGUGAGAAGUCAGUGUGCACAGAGGGGAACCAUGGCAAGGGGUCAACAUUCUAACCGGGAGCUCGCCGAGGUGUUUGAUCAGCUCUGGCGUCUGGAUACCAACCGUCUCAAACCAGGCGCGGAUUACAUCAUUUCCCUCCAGGGGAGGGCAGGUUAUGUGGCUCAGGGCAGUAACUAUGCCAGAGAUCGGGCCAGCGCUCCUCUCUUCAAGUACGUCAACGAAGAGAAACUGAAGAGUAUAGAGACAUACGCACACUUCAUCAACCUGCUGGACAACUAUGAAAUGUCCACCGGCGUGUCGGAGACCGUCACGUCCGAGGAGCUCAAAGAGAACAGGCUCUUCAUUGAUGCCAUCAUGGAGACUGAUGUCAUGAAGUGUGCUCACGACUAUCUGGUGAAGAAAGGCCAGUCGCCGUCCGACCCGGCACAGUUCAAGAGGCAGCUGUAUGACAUCUGGUUCCGCCUCUACCACAGGGACAGGAGUGGAGGCGAGGAUUCCUGUGGAUUUGAGCACGUGUUUGUCGGAGAGACAAAAUACGGCCACGAGAUCACAGGCCUCCACAACUGGGUCCAGUUCUACCUGCAGGAAAAGCACGGCCACAUCGACUACAAGGGCUACAAAGCAAGAGACAACAAAGACACGCCCGAUGAGGACGACCACGUGCUGAACCUGCAGUUCAGCUGGAAGGGGCUGGUGAAGCCGAUCGGGGGAUCCUUCAUUGGCGUCAGUCCAGAGUUCGAGGUCGCUGUUUUUACCAUCAUCUUCCUCCUGUCGACUGAGAAGAUGAGCUCCGUGAAGGUGAAGGUGGAUGAGUACAUGCUGGAGCUGGUUGUCUAUCGGCAGGGCCGAUCCAUUGGCACCUCCUACCCCAAACUGCUCAGCAGCAACAACAGGGAUUUGUAAAUUUACAGCCCACUGAGCUCCCAGCUGUCGCGUAACAAGGCCGAUGUUUUCAUUAAACUUUUCUUUUUGUUCGAUAUAAUCGUAAAACCUACCUGGAGGAGGUACUUGUCAUUGCACUAAAAGUAUAAACUAUUGCUAAACCUUAUCUUGAAUGAUAAUGCAGACUGCAUUUAUUGAUUGUUGUUAUUGUUACUUAUUUGUUUUGUCCCACCAGAGAAAUGUGUAAUUUGCCAGGUUAUUUUUUAUGAAUGCAGAAGUUAAAGGAAUGGUUUUAAUAUCUAGUUUUGUAAGUU